CCUGCCCAGUCUUCCCCCCGCCCCCGCCGGCCCCGCGGUCCCAAGGCGCAGGUCGCCCCCAGCCCCCUCCCUUCUACCGCACACUCUCUGUCCCACCCUCCCUAGCUUUGUGCCGGGGGCGCGGAGCCGCUUCCCCCCUCAGCCGCGCCGCGGGAGGAGGGAGCCGUCAGCGAGGAGCUGCCGCUGGCUGCCCCAGGCAGGGGCACAGUUGCAACCAAGGCAAUGUCUUACUACCUCAACUCAGAAAACCACCUGGACCCAGGGCCCGUCUACGUGCGAGAAAAUGGGCAACUGCACAUGGUCAAUCUGGCCUUGGAUGGUGUCAGGAGUAGCCUGCAGAAGCCAAGGCCUUUCAGACUGUUUCCCAAAGGCUUUUCGGUGGAGCUUUGCAUGAACAGGGAAGAUGAUACUGCACAGAAAGAGAAGACUGAUCAUUUCAUCUUCACAUACACCCGGGAGGGGAAUCUUCGGUACUCUGCCAAAUCCCUCUUCAGCCUCGUCCUGGGCUUCAUCUCUGACAAUGUUGAUCACAUUGAUUCCCUUAUUGGCUUUCCUGAGCAGAUUGCUGAAAAGCUGUUCUCUGCUGCUGAAGCCAGACAGAAAUUCACAGAGCCAGGUGCAGGGCUGAGGGCUUUACAGAAAUUUACAGAGGCCUAUGGAAGUCUGGUGCUUUGCUCCUUGUGUUUGCGAAACAGAUAUCUGGUGAUUUCAGAAAAACUCGAGGAGAUUAAGUCUUUCCGGGAGCUGACCUGCCUGGAUCUAUCCUGUUGCAAGCUUGGAGAUGAGCAUGAACUUCUAGAACAUCUCACCAAUGAGGCCCUGUCUAGUGUAACUCAACUCCACCUGAAGGAUAAUUGUUUAUCUGAUGCUGGGGUGCGGAAAAUGACGGCACCAGUUCGAGUGAUGAAAAGAGGCCUUGAAAAUCUAACAUUAUUGGAUUUAUCUUGUAACCCUGAGAUCACAGAUGCAGGGAUUGGAUACCUCUUUUCUUUUAGAAAACUAAACUGCUUAGAUAUCUCUGGGACGGGACUCAAGGACGUCAAAGCUGUCAAACACAAGCUUCAGACCCACAUAGGUCUCGUUCACUCCAAAGUGCCUUUGAAGGAAUUUGAUCACAGUAACUGCAAGACAGAGGGCUGGGCUGACCAGAUUGUUCUGCAGUGGGAGCGUGUGACUUCGGAAGCUGUGAAGCCACGAGAAACCUCGGAGCCUGGAACAGCAGCUCAGCAUUUCUAUGGGAAGCGGGCUCGAACAGAAGCCCCAGUGAAGUGUCACCUGGCAGAUGCCCACAUGAACUCUUCUGAGAAACUCCAGUUCUAUAAAGAGAAAGCCCCAGAUUGCCAUGGACCACUGUUGAAACACGAAGCCCUCUCAAGCCAGGAGUCAAAGAAGAGCAAGAAGAGAGCUUUUGAGGAGCCAGAGAAGGAACAGAGCAACUCUUCACAGUCUUCAAAGCAGAAAUAUAUGUGUCUUGCUGUGGAAGACUGGGACUUGUUAAAUUCCUAUUGAUUGGCAGAUAUAAGUUGACAUUUUUUCCCUCCAACUCUGAUGUAUGAGGAAAGGGGGCUGAUGAUGUUUUCCUUUUUGUUUGAAUUUACCUAUGGCAUUAGCAUAGCAAGCGGAUAUUUCUACUUUUGUGGUGGGGGAGGGGAAUGCUAUGGAAGUAUGUAAUAAUUUCUAAUGUAUAUUUUCAAUACAUAGUAAUUUUUUCAAAUAAACGUUUUUGCUGUC